AAAGGUAGAAAGGCAAAAUUCUGCAGAAGUGUAAGCGGGAGACAGUCCAUCCCCUUCUAUUAUAUGUCAGUUUUGCCCCAUCCCCUCUUCUCCCAAAAUUCUCUAAACGCCCAAACUAUUACCUUUCUUAUUUUAUUCAAAUUUAGGAAUCGAGUAGUUCCAUUUGUUUAUUGCCUUAUCCCCAACAAAUCUGAAGAAAUUUAUAAACGUGCUUUAACUUGUGUUUUAAAUUCAAUUGGCGAGCGCCGUCCAAUGAUGUUUAUUAUUGAUUUUGAAAAAUCUGUUGAAAAUGUUAUUCGAGCUUUAAUUCCUCAAACACACGUUGCUGGUUGUUGUCAAUAUGGCAAUCAAUCCAAAAUCUUGGCUUGAAUACACGUUUUGAUCAAGAACCUGAAUAUGCUUUGGCUUUAAAAAAAUUUUCGGUUUUGGCUUUGUGUGAUGUUCAGAAUGUAUUCCAACGCUUUGAACAUCUUGCUGAUCACUUUCUACAGCAAUUUGGCGACACUGAAGCUCACCAAGAUUUUAUCGAAUUUAUUGAAAAUAUGUUUAUUGGACGUCCUCGACGCUCUCCUCUCUUUCCUAUUGAAAUGUGGA